AUGGGAGACGAAAAACAGACCAGUUCAAGGCUUUCCGAGCGCCAGGGAGUCUCGUUGUCCCGGUCGGCUCACGCUCUACCUUACGAGUUAGUUCUCAAGGAACUGAACACGGAUUUCGAUGAAGGUCUAACUGAGGAUGAGGCCAAUCGGCGUAUCCAGCAGUAUGGACUCAACAAGCUGGACGAGGGUGAAGGGGUGUCGGUGGCCAAGAUCCUUGUGUUGAUUCUGGCUAUGGCGGUCAGUUUCGGAAUCAAAUCGUGGAUCGAAGGUGGUGUGAUAUGCGCCGUCAUUGUCUUAAAUAUUGUUGUAGGGUUUUUCCAAGAAUAUGCAGCUGAGAAGACCAUGGAGUCCUUGCACUCCUUAAGCUCCCCUACUGGAACUGUUUCAAGAGGUGGUCGGACAUUUUCCGUUCCUUCCACCGAGAUCGUUCCGGGCGAUAUGAUAGAAUUAAAAACUGGUGACACUGUUCCUGCAGAUAUUCGCCUGGUCGAAGCAGCCAAUUUUGAGACGGAUGAGGCCCUUCUCACGGGAGAAUCUCUCCCUGUUCACAAGGAAUAUAAUUCCACCUUCAAGGAUGACACAGGCCCCGGAGAUCGUUUGAACAUAGCCUAUAGCUCCAGUACUGUCACACGCGGUCGUGCUCGUGGUGUAGUUUUUGGCACAGGCAUGUACACGGAGAUCGGUUCUAUUGCUGCUGCAUUGCGUGAUAGCUAUACCAAGCGCCGUCCUGUCAAACGUGGGCCCGAUGGAGAGACCAAGAAGCGGUGGUACAUCCAGGCCUGGACUCUGACUGGGACAGAUGCUGUAGGCCGGUUUCUAGGCGUGAACAUCGGAACUCCUUUGCAAAGGAAGUUGUCAAAAUUGGCUCUCUUACUGUUUGGUAUUGCAGUACUAUUUGCAAUCAUUGUCAUGGCUGCCAAUCACUUCAGUAGCAACAACGAAGUGAUCCUCUAUGCAGUUGGUACUGGAUUGAGUAUGAUUCCCGCCUGCUUGGUAGUCGUCCUUACUAUCACCAUGGCCGUGGGGACCAAGCGCAUGGUGCAGCGGAACGUGAUCGUUCGCAAGCUAGACUCUCUGGAGGCCCUUGGGGCGGUCACAGAUAUUUGCUCCGAUAAAACUGGAACUUUGACCCAGGGCAAGAUGGUCGUGAAGAAGGCUUGGAUCCCAUCACGGGGCACCUAUACUGUGGACACGUCCAACGAGCCUUUCAACCCCACUGUCGGUGAAGUGUCCUUUACCUGUGCGGCCCCCAUCCAGUUUGAUGAAGUGAAGGAAGGAACACCUAUAGAAGAUGCGGACGAACACGUAAAUGGAAAUCAGCAACUUGCAGAUUACCUUGACGUAGCAUCUAUGGCUAAUUUGUCUCAUGUCUACCAAUCCGAGCAAAAGGAGUGGCAUGCACGUGGUGAGCCGACUGAAAUUGCCAUUCAAGUCUUCGCCUCAAGGUUUAAUUGGAACCGUGAUAGGUGGACCAAAGGGCAAGACGCUCUGUGGUACCAAAAGGCCGAAUUUCCGUUCGACUCCACUGUGAAAAUGAUGUCCGUGAUUUUCAGUAAAGUCACUGAAGGAGAAGAGCACUGCGUAAUAUUCACGAAGGGCGCAGUCGAGCGCAUUGUCGACGUAUGUACAUCCGUGAUAUGGGAUCGGGACUCACCUAACCUGGUGGCUAUGACGGGGGAUCUUCGGAACUAUAUCUUCCGAAAUAUGGAAGAGCUGGCGAAACUUGGUCUCCGUGUGUUGGCGUUGGCGCAUCGGCCAUUUACUGAACGGCCCCAGCUGCUGGAAGGCUCGAACCUCAAUCGUGAUGAGAUUGAGAAGGAUCUGUGCUUUUUAGGAUUGAUCGGUAUUUACGACCCUCCUCGUUCGGAGACUGCGGCCUCUAUCCAAGCCUGUUACCAGGCUGGUAUUGCAGUACAUAUGGUGACAGGAGACCAUCCUGGGACGGCCAGUGCCAUCGCGCGGCAGGUCGGAAUUCUGCCCGCGGAUCUCAGUGCAGUAGCCACUGACGUGGCCAAGGCCAUGGUAAUGACUGCCGGCGAAUUUGAUAAACUGUCGGAUGCGGAGGUCGAUGAUCUCCCCACGCUGCCUCUGGUUAUUGCGCGUUGCGCUCCACAGACCAAGGUGCGCAUGAUUGAUGCUCUUCACCGACGCGGACGCUUUGCUGCCAUGACAGGGGACGGUGUAAAUGAUUCACCAUCCCUGAAGCACGCUGAUGUCGGUAUAGCCAUGGGGCAAUCAGGGUCAGACGUGGCCAAAGACGCAUCUGACAUUGUUCUUACGGAUGAUAAUUUCGCCUCCAUUCUUAAUGCAGUGGAAGAAGGACGCCGUAUCUUCGACAACAUUCAGAAGUUUGUUCUUCAUCUGUUAUCCGAGAACAUUGCCCAGGCAUGCACCCUUCUUAUUGGGUUGGCUUUUAAGGAUCAGCACGGCCAGUCUGUGUUCCCACUGGCGCCCGUUGAAAUCCUGUGGAUCAUUAUGAUCACCUCAGGUAUGCCCGACAUGGGCCUCGGCAUGGAAAUCGCCGCCCCUGAUAUCAUGGACCGUCCCCCGCAAAGUAAGAAGGGUAUCUUCACGUGGGAGGUGAUAAUAGAUAUCCUAGCUUACGGUCUCUGGACUGCAGCUCUCUGCCUAGCUGCGUUCUCCGUGAGAAUGUGGGGAUUUGGAGACGGUGAUCUGGCCAGCGGAUGCAAUCGCGACUACACACCCGAUUGUGACCUAGUCUUCCGGGCGCGAGCAACAACAUUUGUGUGUUUGACAUGGUUUGCACUUUUCCUCGCCUGGGAGAUGGUGAACAUGCGCCGAUCUUUCUUCCGUAUGCAACCUAGGUCCAAAAGAUUCGGGUUUAGAGAUGUUGCUCUAGGCUAG